AUGUCAAAUGCCUGGACAAGUGGAAAGUUUUCCUGAACGCAAUUACUCAUUUCCAGGAUAGUUUUCGACGAAUAGUUGUACUGAAAAUGAAAAUUUAGUCUCCAAUUUGUGUGUCACUGUUCAGCAUCGUACACCCGUGGGAGAUUUCCGGUGGAAUUCAUCGUUAGGUGUGCAGUAAGGUAUGGAAAAAUUAUCCGUUUUUGGGAGACUGCAAAAAUCGAUCGAUACACUGAAGAGUACGGAAUGCAGCCAACAGGAAAAGUUGGCCCACUUUGGCCAGAUUACCGAUUCGCUGCUUUCAGCCAAAACGGGACCGGCGAAUGUCAGCUUUCAGAACCACCUGAGCGCUGCCCUCGGAACGCUGCUGAUGUUCUGCGAGGAAACGGAUUCUUGCGUACGAAUGAGUGCCGAGGAAAAUCUAAAUCGUAUUGUACGGUUUUGCGAGCGAAAUGGAGCGAUUGUGCGUGUACAAAUUGACUUGUACCACGAGAUAAAGAAGAAUGGUCACGAGCGUUCGCUACGGAUUUGUCUGGCACUGUUUGGUUACUAUUGUGGAACCAUCAAGCAGCGCAAGGGAAAAAUUUAUGCACAGAAUUUGCUGCCUUGUAUAUUUGCGAUUUCCAAGCGUCGUGAAACGCAGCUUUUGGAGAGUUUGGCUGCGUUUGUAAAAAUCUUUACCGAAACGCUGGGAAGUUUUAUGACUGAUGGAGAGGUUCUGAAAAUGACGGAGAUUUUCGUUGAAGAUUUGAAUGCCGAGUGUGCAACGAAGCGGCGUUGUGCCGCUAAAAAUAUCGACUCGUUUAUUGCGUGGUCUCGUAGUCCUGAAUUCUAUGCCAACAUUGUUUUUAAUCGUUGCAUUGAAAUAUUGCUGAAAAAUCAGGAGCAGAAUGCCGUGCUGGGGGUGCUGGCUUCAUUUCGAGGAAUCCUGCCGGUUGUGUUGAAAAGCUGCAGUGUAGAUAAGGCAGUGGAAAUAUUUGAUCUUCUGCUACACUUUUUGAAGGAAUCCAGUCAUAGUGUGAUCAAUGCCACUUUGGAAGUUAUUGGUGUUAUAUUUAAUCAUAUGCAGCCGGGGCUGCGGAAAGUGUUACUCUCUGAAAGCUUGGAACAUCGAAGAAUUCUGUUGAAACGUAAGACAUUGAAAAAUUCUGUGUUUAAAAUUAAUCUUAGUGAAAGUUUGUUAAGUUCUCGAAAGUCAAGCACUGAUGCCCGCGUGGAUUGUUUCCGGCCACCGGAUCGUGGACUGUCCCUGCUUCAAGUCAGCUCGACGCCAACAAAAUUCGCAUCCGGUGACGAUAAGUCUCUCGCAUCUGCUUCCGACCUUGAAAUGGACUCUUUUCGUAGCAUGGAGUUGGACAAUUCAAGCCCGGAAAAGGAACGUAAGCCUAGUAUAGACACGUUGUCGCUUAGAAGUCAAAAGUCCAGCGAUUCUUUGGGAUCGUUUAUCAGCACGUUUCUCACUACAAGCUCGAACGCCGGCGAAUCGAUGAGCAAAUUUUUUCGAAAACCUUUCGAUUUACCGGCCGAUACGUCCCGGUCCCGGGCUGUUCCGGACGAGGAGGAUCACCUUUCGCUGGAAUCGUUAACCAGUAGUCAGAUUUCGAUACAGAGUAGCAACGCGGAAACGAUACGGAACGAGCUCGAUGUUACGCUAGAGGUGGAUGAUUCGGUGGCUAGCACUACUGCAAGUGUUGCCGCCGUCGAAUCGACUCCAUCGGUCACGUUGGCCGUUGGUAAUGCGGUUCCCGAGAGGGAAACACCGGUGGCGGCGAUUGCUAGUGCCAUGAAAGAUCAUGACGAGCCUGCAACCGCAGAAAUAACACCAGAUGCACGGAAUCUUUUCAUCGGUUCAAUCCAUGACCAAAAUAUGCUAGAUUACGCCGUGCGACUAAUUGCUUCGCGAUUUCUACUGGCAGGAACGAAGCACAGUCGCCGGCUGGACCACCUAGUUAGAGUUUCUGUGAAAACUAUGGCUCUCCAAACCAUUGCUCAAUGCGUUCAGCUGCGACCGGAACUUUUGCUGCUUGCCCUGGAGAAAGAAGAACCCAAGGAAGAGUUUGACGUUGUUGAGAUUCUCAAUCUGGAGGAUGCUAUCAAUGAGAUCUCGAAUCAGGCGAUACUGGAAGUGGACGAAGGAGCACUUGCGGAGGCUAGCGUUGAACCGGACGCCGGAGGGCUGCUGGAGAUGAAGGAGGAUCAUUUUGGCGAAUGUACCAGCUCGACCUAUUUCGAGUUUUUCUCACCGAUGAGCAUCAGUCUGGAUCAAGGGUUAACUUCACUCAAGACCAAACUGAAGCUGGUGGAGGAGAACUUCUGCACGAUGGCUAACGAUAACCAGGAGAAGCUGAGCCGAGAGCUGGAUGCGAUCUUAUCGCAAUCGGAUUGCAGUGGAGAUGUCGCGAGGAGAAGCGAUCGUAGAAAAGAGCUGCUGGUAGUUCCGCGGGUAGUAACUAGUAAGGGUGAUCUGGUGACGAGGUGUUUAGAAGCUGGAAACAGCGAAGAUCAACAGAUGAUCGCCGAUGUGCUGUUGUUUUACGAUCAUGUCGAUCAGAGUCUACGCGGAAAUGUUCUGCUACUGUUGGGGAAUUUUUUGCAUGUGGUCCUCGAGAAGUUUGGCAGUGUAGAACAUUUUCUAGCGGCUAAUGAUAGACAGGCAACGUUGGGAGGCUUUCUGCGACAAGAUGCACUGCUACAGAUGAUUGUACUGGGUUUCUCUGACGAGAUUCACACUGUAGUGAAUCAAGCGUUGACGGCAUUCGAGCAAAUUUUUGGCGUUUACUGUCGCAACCAGCUAUCCACGUCUUGUCGACGUAAAACACCGGGGAAUGGUUUCAGUUUUAAAUCUCAACUGACUCUCAAACAAAAUUUGUUGUUAGAUGACAUAGAAGCUAUAGAAUUAAAUCCGCAGUUGCUAAUAGAAAAGUUUCUGUUGACGUUCCACAACCGAUACUGGCUAGUGCAAUGUAAGGUUUGUGAUGUGAUCGCUAAAAUGGACUAUCGGUUACUGCAGAACGUUGUUGGGUUGGAUAUGGCAGCGAAUGUGCAUAAUCGAUGUCGGGAACAGUUGAUCAUACUUCUCAGGGACGGUGAUCCAAGGGUGCGUAAUUACGCCGGUGAGCAAUUGAUCCGGUACUUGGAGAACAUUUACCAACGUGAGUUCAGCAGUGGAACACACAUUAGCGAAGAAGAUACUAUAGAAGAUUUCGUUAAGAAGCACAUUUUGGCGGGAUUUGCAGAGCCGAUCGAUAGACGCAGACUGGAAACGAUAGGUGAUGCGAAAUUGUUUACGAUGAAAGCAGCACCUUUAUUCUACAUUCUGAGUAAUCAGUUAUUGAAUGUUGGCGAUCGAAACCAGCUGUUUGGAGUCAUCAACUUUUUCAAGCUGCUCAUCGGUAAAUACAAUCCGUUUGAUCUCGCAGAACUGUGGUGCGAGUUCAACAUUUUGAACGUCCUUCUAAGUUUAAUGAGUGAGCAUACUGGAACGGCUUUGGAUCUGACGGCUCAAACCGAUCUUUUGGAGAUAUGCUCCAAUCUUAUGAUUGUGACUUUGUCCUCUCGGAACACAAUUAGUGCCGGUGACAAUGAAGUGAUGGAUAAAUUCAUCUUCCAUCUGCUGAAGUUGAUGAAUAUUUACCAGCAUCUAUUUACCAACCAGCGACCCAUAAUCAUUUCUCGGGCGCAGAAGGGUGACCUUUUCAUGAAUGCCAAAGAGCUGCAGCUGAUCAAUUGUUUCGGAUAUUUUGGAAAUGAUCAUUUCUAUCUUAAAUUGUACAACGUGCUCUGGAAUUCGUUCGAAAGUUAUAAGAUCACUAUCUCUGUCGACGUCGGUUGCAAGCUUUUUGAACUGUUACGCACAACUAUUGCUAGUUUAUGGCGCCUGCUCGAGAUGAAGAGUAUCUCCGCCAUGAGCAACGGGCUCAAAUUCAUGGAGGAGGUGAUCCGAUAUUUGAUGGUUUUCCUACCCUACGAACCGGAGCGAUGUGUGCAAUGUACGCGGUAUCUGUUGCGCUUUUUGUUCUCUGGAAAUUAUGCCAAUUGCCGCCAAGAGGUGGAAUACUUUCGUAAAGCCCGCGAAACGCAGUACUCAACUGGAGCGAGAGAGAGCCGUGAUUUUUCGGAUCGGUAUUACGAGUUGUGUAAGCUCAGAAACAUCACCGCGGUCGCUGAAUUGAGUAACUACAUCAAACAGUUCGAGCCGGUUGUGAUCGCAUGUUUAAAGAUUUUCUCGCGGACAACAACUCGCGUUCAGACCGCAAUUUUGGACAUGCUUUGCCAACUGCUGGAUUACAGCAUAAAUUACCAUAUGUUGGACUCGAGCAACGUGUUUGUGGACUAUGUUUUCAAACACGUGGAGUUGCUGGAGACAGGAAUGAUUCAGGACGCUGAACAACUGAUUGGGAAGAUAGUGAAAUUUUUAUUUCUUCUCUCACAAUCGAAGGAUAGAUCGAAGAUCGUAACCAUUCCAAAAAUUAUCAACAUCUGUGAUAACCUACUGGCCAACGGGAUGAUUCGAGGGGUAGCGAUAGCUUCGCUUCAGGCGUUAGCUCUUGAGAUAUUCUUUCUGAAUCGAUUGCCGUUACCCGAGCAGGAGAAUGAAGUACUGCUGUCGGAAUUAGCAACCCAGAAGGAGGUAGUUUUAAAUAUGAUUAUGAAAUUCCCGGAAGAGGUGGGCAGCUAUGAAAUCGUGCCGAUGGUACUACUGUUUGAGGGUCACGGACAGGCGGCAAAAUAUCAAGUUGAAAUUUCGAGCGCCUUGGUUGGGGUUAUGCUGGAGGGAAAACUUCCGGUGAGAAGCGAUCGGGAGUGGUUGAUUGUUCAGAGAACUAUGGAGGCUUUGAGCCAGGGAAUAAAAGAGGAUGAUGAGAGUUUGUCAAAUUGCCUGGCAAUCCUGUUCGAAACAGCGAAAACUAAAGAUUGCUUGUAUGAUCAGAAAGUUAUCUCCUGGCAAAUAAUUUUGGAAAAAGUUGUGCUAAAACUGGAGGAAACACAGCUGUUGGAAAGUCUUAAACUGUUUCUGAAUAAGGAGCCUUCAAUAAAUGCGAACAUUCCAGUGGAAGACGUGUUUGGUAAAUUGUUAAACGAAAUGUUAAUGAAGUCUCUGGAGAAUUGCGAUGCUCAAAAUAGACACCCAUUCCAACAAAAAUGUCUGAAGCGAUUUAUUCAAACCGCAGGUGAAUUUCGAAAGUUUCCUAUCAUCGGUAAGUGCCUGUUAGAUCACAUCACUAUAGAUCGCCUGCAUCUUGGCAGUCAUGAUCCUCGACUAAGAACUGCUCUUCUAGAGUUUCUAGUAGAAAUGGGCUAUGAUACAAAGCAGUUGCUAUGCGUAGUUGCCUUCCAACAUGACACCGUUGGAAGGAAAGAACUCUACGCAGAAUUGAUAGGAUUAUUGAUGAAGCACAAACACGCCAAAGCGCACUGGUCUUCGGAAGAAGUGCUUUAUCUAAUAGAACACCACAUCAUGAUACUUCUGGAAAACCACGUAAAAUUUCUUUUCAAAUAUGUCGCAAUGCCUGAAUUUUCAUCUGCCAUCGUAUCGAAAGUUGCUGUUUUACUGAACGAUUCACCUUCACAUAAGCUGCUUAAUGUUUUGGAAAAGUCUCUUCUUAACAGCUUACCCCAGUUCCUGGGAACUACGACAACCCUUCUAGCUCACAUCAACAUCACGAUCGCUCGAAAAGCCGCUUUAGUACUAGAUGCAAAGCUGGAGACCUUACAGAAGAUGCAACCCCUGACAAAUGAACUGCUGAAGAAAGUCAUGCCGGAAGAGAACUUCCAACUUCUCUUAGAUUCAUUGAACCCAGAGCGUCGUAAAAAGUUUCCGAAAUUGUUCAAGUCAGUUCUAGCGCUAGUUAGAUUCUACAAACACGUAGAUCCUCCUCGAGAUCUUAUCCCGCGAAUCGAUACGGAGCUAUUGAAGCAGCUUGUGCUGGAUGAUACGUGGUUCAUGGAGCAGAUUACGUAUCAUUGUACGGCUGGAUCGUACACCAAGGCGCGAAAUAUUUCCCGAAUGUUGUACGAAGUCAGUGCCGAGAGUAAACUGAUCAAUUUGCUUUCCGUAAGCAGCUUCAAUGCACACUUGCUACGAGAAGUGAUAGACACUGCCUUUGAAAAUAUGUUCCAUGCGUUCCGCAAGGACUGCAUUCAAUUUAAUCCCCAUUUGAACUAUCUGAAGGUUCAUCCAAUGCUGAAGGUUGCACUGAUAGUGUUGAUGAGGAAGCUGAAUGAAAUCAAUAUUGCUCCUGAGGAUGAACUGAAUGAAGCGAGCGUUUUGCACUACGUUAAGGCGGUUAUUCGGUUCCUGGUGAAUCUUGAUCGAUUGGAUCAUCUCGGCUUGCUGUAUGUCGAUGCACGGUUCAUCGAUAGGUUCGUCAAAGAUUAUCUGCUGAAGUCGAACUUUUUCGAGACGCUGCUGAUAUUUGCAAGGAUCGUCGCAAAGCUUAUACAGUCUAAGAUAAAAGUUACUGGUUUGAAGGAUUCUACCAAUCUGGAGCUUCACCUCACUUGCCUGGAUUUGAUUCUAAAGCAAAAAUAUCUUUGGAUGGAGUUAAACCAAAACGAUAAGUUCCGUGAGGAUCAGGAACUCUACGUUCGGGUGAUAUUCGAUGUUUUGAAAGUUCAUCUGCGGGAUCGCUUGUACUUGGAUCGCUACCAACCUCCGGAAGUCUUUACCCGACACUUUCCGGAGCGAUACGAUGAGUUGGAAGUUUACCUGCAAGUUAUUCUAAUUGCGCAGUUGAUCUUGGAAGCGCCUAAGAGCUUGCAGCACUCGCAGUUGUUGCGUCCGCUGGAAUCAUUAUCGAUUUCGGUGCUGAAAAUCGACCGCUUCUUUCCGAUGGCCAUGACUCCAGGAGAGGUGUUCAACUGCUACAGUAUCGACGUGGAUGUUGAACCGCUGCGGUUGCCCUCCGUGCCGAUUGAUUAUCUGUACGAAGUGGAUACAUUAGAGGAGUACUUGAAGAGGGUCAACAUUUUCGGCUACUCGUCGAGGCAACAGUUUGAGGAACUGUUUAUGUCUCUAUUGGUGCUCAUCAACAAAGAAGGAGACCCGGAUGUGAUUAAUUAUCAGGAGCAGCACCAGAUCAAACGUAUGUGCCUGAGGUCAAUCGCCGAUCUUCUACUGAGCUGCUAUCGAUAUCCUCGUAUAGGAUUUAGCGAUGGGAAGUUCUACCAUGUACCACGGAAUACCGUUUUGAAGUGCGACUCGGUUAGCUUAAAAAAGUUGCACAGCAUCCAACUGUUAAUUCCGCUGAAUAACGUCUUCUAUCAGCCUAACUUGGAACGUAGCCUGCUGGUUUCAGCUGAAGACAAUCUGUGCUGCUUCGGAGACAACUCGAUCGGAACUCGGAGCUUCGGAAUGAAUCAGUUCGGGAUUCAGUAUGCCUGGCAUAAUAUGGAAGGGAUCGUGAAUGAAUCGUUGGUCGCGAAGAACAUUCACUAUUUCAUCGAGAAGGCUAACCUCGAUGUGAUGAGUUCGGUCCAGCUGAUGUAUGACAUCUUUGGGCAACUCUUAGAGGACUUUGCUUUAAUUCUUCCUCACCUGGUGCCAUUCUGCGAGAUUUGUGAAAAUCGGGAUCAAAUUCGACAGCUGUAUGAUUUGGUGCUUGGUUUGCAGGAGCGAGUUGCUAUGGAGGACAGUUUAUCCCAGCAGUAUAUCAUCUACUUGCUGUGCAAAAUGGCUGCUUUGUUGGUUCCGACUAUGGCUGAACUUUCUCACCUUUGCUCGAUCAUUCCAACAUAUCUGAAAAGCACUCAGCUGUACACUCGAAAUGCUACGCUGAGUGGUCUUCUAGCUCUGCUAGAAUGUUUGGUGGCGUCGAACACAACCAUGGGCGGACUUAGCGAAGAGCUCCAGCUAGUGAGAAACAUCACCGUGAACUACAUCGUCAAGCAUGGAAUUAUUGAUGAGAGUUCGACAGCCUACAGUGAUGCUCACAUCAAAUUGGUGUGGACCCUAAACUUUUAUCUGAUCGAGAACACAUCACGAUUCGUCAGCGAGUGUAAUCUACUUUCGAACAGUAUUAUAUCUGCGAACAACAUCCUCAAGCGGACAACGAACUUGGAGAUUUAUUUGUGCAUAUUGAAUGGCCUCGAACGACUUGUGCUGACCGGCACCCCAAACCGACCGUUGCUCGAGAAAAUCGAAAAGCUCGCGCUCGACCUGGUCAAACUGGACAACGAAAUGUUCUCACUGGCAGCGCUAAAGCUGCUGCUGUCCUGCAUCUAUCACAGUUCGGCCGAUCAGCUCGAGAACACCGAACGCUGCAAUGGGAUCGUACAGGACGAACCGGAGAUCAUUAUCCAGCAGAUCGAGAAGAUUGAAAUUCUGUUCGCCAAAAUCCGCACAACGACACCGUCGGGGGCGAAAGUUUUCGGCGAUGUGCUUUGCCAGCUGAUUCGGGACCUGCUGCCACCGAACGAAAUUCUGACGAAGGUUUUCAAAGAGCUGAUGCUGAACCAACCGAACCCGGACAUCAUAGCGACCGUGACGUAUCAAGUGUUUCGUUCGGCCAUCGACAGUUCCUGUCUGGCGCUGUUGCAGGAGUGGUUGCUUUGCUCACUGCCGAACUUUCUUUCGCUACCGCAGAUCAACAAAUCCGUCUGGUGCCUGACGGUGGUCUUUCUGUCUGCUUCCCUCAACCAGCAUCUGCUUAAGGUGUUCCCGGAGGUGCUUUCGUUACCUUCCUAUCAGCAGCUGAACGAACGAGAGGUAACCAACUUUAUCCUUUCGGCCAAAGAUUUCUACCGCCAGCUGGAAGCAUCGCAGAAAGCUCGAUUCAAGCAGAUCUUCCAGCAGUGCGAUUGCUUCAUCUAUCAGAGUCUGCUGCGGUGUCUGUGAAACCCGGGCCCGGUUGGACUGAGCAACUAGAUUUAUUAAUGUUUGAUUAUUUUUUACUGUUGAAGAUUAUUAUGUAAGCAAGUAUUCAGAAAAUAUAUCCACUAUUUGGAAAAAAGUA